AUGGCAAAAUGGAAUAAGAGAGCAAUAGUUACUUUUGGAAAUGCGGGUUUCUCGUCAACAUCCCGAGCUAAACGUCAUUGCGAGGCAGUAGAGACCUUAAAAGGUUACGAACUUGCAAAAAUUGAUCAAUGUGAAAAGAAAUUUUGGUGGAAAAAUCGUAAACAAUUUCAAAAGGAUUUGGAGAACCUUUGUAUGAAACAACAACAUGACCGUCACGACAAGUAUAAAAAACGAUUUCACAAGGGCAAAGACUGUGACAAAUCUGAAUCAUGGAAUCUUAAAAAUUGGACAAACAAAAAGAAUACUUGGGAAAAUCGGGAUCAAAGAAAAUGCAAGUCUUUAAAGGAUAAGGGUCGUUGGAAAAAAUCUCAAAAAUUACUUUGGAAACAAUUUCAAAAGCUUUCAGAUUGUAAAUGUUCUGCUCCAAAUUAUAAAGUAACUAACCCGGCCGGAUUAUCUGUUUGUUACCAAAUUGCUUCGCUUAAUAAAGCUAGCGGUGGCUUUAUUGGUAGCUUUACUAUAUUCAGGUCGUUAAAGUAUGAUGAACUCAAAGGAAAACCUGCUUUAAUAGCUAUCAAAUACGACGAAGAUAUAAAAGUGAAAAUUGGCAGAUCAAAUAAAAAUGAUGAUGGCUUUUUUAACUUGAAACCAUUAUUCACUUUCAAAGUCAAAGGCUCCGGUGGAAAUACAAUAUUGGUCAGCAAAGCUUUCAUUGAGGGACAACUUCCAAGUAAAAAGUCCAUGAAUAAAAUAUGCAUAGAUGAUAUCAGUCCCGUAAAAUAUAAGGUUAAAGUUAAACUAGGCAAAGACACUAAAAAAGUUUUCGGACUUAAAUUGGGCUCUGAUGUUAAAAAUAUUCCAAUCUCAAAAUUCAUACCCUCGAAACCAUAUUCUCCAUAUUUGAUUGAGCCUCCUCCAAUUAAUAAUCCAGGUAAAAAGAAAGAACAACCAACUACAACUACCCAGUCUCAAGAUCAACCAACUGAAACUAGUCAAACUCCAACUGACACAGCUCCAGCUGACACAGCUCCAACUGACGCAGCUCCAACUGACGCAGCUCCAACUAACGAUCCAAAUGCAACUAACAGUCCAGAUCCAAAUCCAGCUAACCAAAAUUCAAACCAGCAAGAUGCUAAUAGCUCAAGAUCAUCAAUAAGCACCCCACCAAUAGGUCUUAUAGUAUUUGCUGUUGUGGUAGCUGUUGGUGCAGCAUUUGUCGGCUACACUACUUAUGAACGACGUAGAUACAGAAAUCAAUUUAAUCGUAGACAAAACAUGCAACAACAAAAUCCUUCUUUAGCUGCUGUUCCUGAUUUUGUAAAUCCAUCAAGAUGGAAAUAUGGCAAAAAGAAUAUAUAUUUUCCCAGCAUGAUAUUUAAAUUGAUCAGAACACCUUCUUUACCACCAAAUCAAGUUGCCUUUAAAAUACCACGUAGUUUAAACAAACUUGACAUUCAUUCCUACUUAACGAAACUUUAUAAACUUGAUAUUGUGGAUAUACGAACAAUGAAUUAUCAAGCAAAACGACCGUCUUUAAACAAAUACUCAAAAAGAGUCAGUACUAAAUCUACAUCUGCGUACAAAAAAGCUAUUGUUAUCCUGACCGAAGAUUUCAAUUAUCCACCCAUAUCCAUUGAUUAUGUUCACACACCCGAAUACAUCACCGCAAGCGAAUCUCUACGUGAAUCGCACAGAAGGUUGGCUGGUUGGAAAUCUAGACCUAGAAGAGUUGCUUAUCAAAGAAAACAAGAGUUUAUAGAGGAAAGAGAAAUUAAGAGGCAAGAGGAUAUAAUGAGAAAGAAAGAGGAAAUUAAAGAAGAGAAGAGAAAUAUGGAAGAGAAGAAAAACCAUGGAUUUGUUAAUUUUGUAAAAAAUGCAGAUCGUUACAUAAAUAACCAUUUAACUUUACCAAAUAUUAAAGAUUUCGAUACAAAAAGUUUAGACCAUUUGAUUAAAUAUAAUUGUGAAAAAAUUUUAUAUAAUUAUUCUGCAUCUUUUCGUUCAAGUGAUUAUGGUGUUUAUGUCGGCUAUGCAGGAAUAGCAUAUUUAUUUUUUCAUUUAUACAACUUGACUCCAGAAUUAAAAAUUGCAGGCGACAAUGUAUCUUUACUAUGUACUACUUAUCUUGCAAGUGCACUAUCAGCUUUAGAUUAUUCCACCAGUAAACAUGUAGGUUUUUUAGAUACCCAUGUAGAGUCAUUAAAACAUUUGAAAAAAUUAAUUACAAAGUAUCAUGAGAUCGCGUUGAAUGAAGAUUCCAAUGAAUUAUUAUACGGUAGAGUCGGGUAUUUAUAUGCAUUGAAAUUAAUCCAAAAUUAUUGUAAAGAUUCUAAAGAAAUUAUGGAACUGGUAAAUAAUGAGGUGAUUAAAGAAGUUUGGGACAAAGUUUUUGAAGAAGGAAACUGGCAUGGUAAAAGAUAUUUAGGAGCUGUUCACGGUGUUGCUGGCAUAUUAGCCAUCCUAUUGGAAUUUAAAGAUUUGGCAGAACAACAUUUAGAUGAUUUAUUUAAAACUUUAGAAUGGUUGACCAGACAAGUUUCAAAGAAAAAUGGAAAUUAUCUUAUAUCUGUUGAAUCAAAUCGUGAUGAUUUAGUUCAUGUUUGUCACGGUGCACCAGGAAUGAUUCCUGCAUUUUUAAAGAUCCAUUCAUUAUAUCCAACAAAUCCACUCGCACCAACUCUAUUGAAUUCUUGUAUCAAUGCAUCCCAAAUAGUUUGGAAAUAUGGUAUUCUAAAGAAAGGAUUAACAGGGCUAUGUCACAAUGCUAUUGGUAACGCAUACUCUUUCCUAUUAUUGUACCUUACAACCAAGGAUGAACUACAAUUACAAAGAGCAUUAGCUAUUGGUUUACAUGCUGGUAAUUGGGAAGAAGAAACUAGGAAAGGAUCGAUAAAAGUACCUGAUAGACCAUGGAGUCUUUGGGAAGGUUUGGCUGGUGGUGUUUGGUAUUGGGCCGAUUUGAAUUUAAUUAUAAAAAAUUGUCAAAAAAAUAAUAGCGAAGAUAAUAAUAAUAAUGAAAAUUUUAAUGACAAGAUUAUUAAAGAAAAAGUUAAAGGGUUUCCUUGUUUUACAGAUUUAUAA